UCCGCCGCGAGACGGUUGCGGGGUGGCUCGGCUCCUGGCAUUCCCGUUUGGCCGCGGGGCUCCCCGGACGCCAGGCAUGGGCGACACCACGGGACCGUGCGCCUGCCUGCGGCGCUACCCCGAGCUCCCGGUGUGGGUAGUGGAGGAUCACCAGGAGGUUCUGCCUUUCAUAUAUCGAGCCAUAGGAUCAAAGCAUCUUCCUGCCAGUGAUAUAAGUGUAUUGCACUUCGACUCCCAUCCAGACCUCCUUAUACCUGUGAAUAUGCCAGCAGACACCGUGUUUGAUAAGGAAACUCUUUUUGGAGAAUUAAGUAUUGAAAAUUGGAUUAUGCCUGCGGUUUAUGCCGGCCACUUUUCUCACAUAAUCUGGCUUCAUCCCACAUGGGCGCAGCAAAUCAGAGAGGGCAAGCACCAUUUUUUAGUAGGCAAAGAUACUUCUACCACAACCAUCAGGGUCACAAGUACAGAUCACUACUUCCUAAGUGAUGGUCUCUUUGUACCUGAAGACCAGCUAGAGAAUCAAAAGCCACUACAGUUGGAUGUAAUUAUGGUGAAGCCUCAUGAGUUUGGUGCCUGUCAAGAAGAAAGUGCUGCCGUGUCUUCUGCAAAGAAGCCCAAACUAGCGCCAAAAGAUUCGGAAAACGCUGCCGCCGCUCACUGUGACUCUUGCUCAGGACACCUGGAGAAGGACGUGGGGACCCAGAGCCCGGGCCGAGCUUGCGGAGAGCCGUCCUGUUCUUGCUUUUGUUCUGCCAAAAGUCAGCAGUGCCAAACUACAGCCUGCACCCAGCAGAUUCUGGAAAUUCUGAAGGAAGGCAAUGCGUUUGUUUUAGAUAUUGACUUAGAUUUUUUUUCAGUCAAAAAUCCCUUCAAAGAAAUGUUCACUCAGGAGGAAUACAAAAUCUUACAAGAGCUCUACCAGUUUAAAAAGCCUGCUAGCAACCUAAGUGAGGAAGAUUUGGUAGAUGUUGUCGAUGUUCGGAUUCGUCAGCUAGAAGACCUGGAAGCAGCCUUUGCUGACUUGUGCGAUGGCGAUGACGAAGACACUGUGCAGAGCUGGGCCUCGAAGCUGGGAAUGGAAUCACUAGUUCCACUUGUUCAGAGUUUGAAAAAACGGAUGGAAGUGCCAGACUAUGAAAUGGUCCACCAGGCUGGUCUAACCUGUGAUUAUUCAGAACUUCCUCACCACAUCAGCACAGACCAAGAAAUUGAGAAUCUCAUUCAGUCUGUGUAUUAUUUACUAAGAAAAUUACCCAAACCUACUCUUGUGACCAUCGCAAGGUCCAGUCUGGAUGACUACUGUCCUUCUGAUCAAGUUGACACCAUUCAAGAAAAGGUCCUUAAAGUCCUGCACUCCCUCUAUGGGGCUCUGGACACUCACCUGGUGUAUUCAGCAGAGUCUGUCCCAGCUUGAAGCAGACAAAACGCUAGAAUUGUAUUAUAUCUUGCUGUAAUUACCAGGUUUUCAUUAACUGGUUUGUACAUGAGUCUUCCAGAGAACACUUUUAUGCUAGCUUUCAGUUGAAAUCUUGAAGAAAUUUUGAAUCUCCAAAAACCAUCUUGUUGGAUAAUGGCGGUUUUUUUGUUUUACAUCAAGUCUGCUAAUUCCAGUUGACAGAAUUGUUA